AGCGAUGGUCACGUAGUCGGGGUGCUUUUAUGUUGUGUCAAGUAUUUCUUGUGAAACAACACGAAAAAUGCCUGCCAGGGCAGAAAGGCCUAGUUUGAUGUCAUUUCAAGAUGCUCAGCACAGUUGGACGGAUGAUUUACCAGUCUGCAAACAAUCUGGUGUUGGGUUUUCAACAAACCAAAUAUAUCGAGAAGAUGGAUACCGUCAAGAGGAACAUCCAUUUGAGGAUCGAAGUUUCCACUGCCGCUAUGAUGAUUCUACAUUUCUGUAUGGAGUAUUCGAUGGGCACGAAGGUACCAAAGCAGCAAACUUUGCCUUACAACGCAUGGCUGCAGAAAUUCUACUGGGACAACUCAAUGGUAAAACAACUGAUGAAGAAGUAAAGGAAGUUCUUAGACAGGCAUUUAUCACAGUAGAGAGGGGUUAUUUGGACUCAAUAGGUGAUCUCUUGGCUGAGCGUACAAGUUUACAAUUUGAUAUUCCUGAUGGCUUAAAUUCCUAUGAAGCAUACCAAAAAUUUCCACAUCUGGUCAAUAAACUUAAUUCCUUGAAUUGUGAAAUAUCUGCUGGUACAAGUGCAGUAGUGGCUCUGAUCUACGGAGGCAGAUUAUACGUUGCAAAUGUUGGUGACAGUAGGGCUUUGCUUUGCAAAACUGAUAGCAAUCAGGUACUCAGAGUUGUUCAAUUGAGUGCUGAUCAUGACUUACGAAAUGAGGAUGAACUCUUACGUCUCUCCCAAUUGGGUUUAGAUAUUGAAUCUAUUCGACAGGGUUCCCACCUGGGAAAUCAGGAGAACACACGGUGUUUAGGAAAUUAUCUAGUCAAAGGAGGAUAUAGAGAGUUUGAAGAACUAGCAUCAGCAACAGCAGAACCUAUAAUAGCAGAACCAGAAAUCAGUGGUGGUAUAGAACUUGACGAUUCAUGUAGAUUUCUAUUACUAAUGUCACGGGGUCUUUACAAGUCAUUAGAAGAAGCUACUAAAUCCGAUCAAGUGAAUAAAGACUUAGCCCAAAUGGCUGUACAGCAGUUCAGAGUACAGUCAACCUUAACAGGAGUAGCACAAGCCGUAGUCGACAAGGUUGUACGAAUUCAUCAUGACAGCAACAUGAGUAAUUCUCAAAAUACUUUAACCACAGGAAAACGGGAUGAUAUAACGUUGCUUGUUCGCAACUUCAAUUUUCCUCUUCCGCAUGCAUUAAAGAGUCCCACUAUUCCCUCCGUCAGAUUCAAUCCAGUAGUCCAGACUGCACCGAUUACAACCCUACCUGACGAGGAUUAUUCCAGCACUGGAACAGGAGCAAGUGAAGAUAAUGUUGAUACAUCAACCACAGAAACCUCUACAACCUCAGAUAUAUAUCCUCCUGACGCCAAGCCUCUUGACAGAAACGCAAAGAUUAAACCGUACGUUGACUUCACGGAAUAUUUCCAAAAUGUCGAGAGGAGACGGUUAGAAGGUACUUUACCAGAAGGUAUAGAUUUUUGAAAAUGCGAACCUUAUUGGAAAAACAUUUAGGAUUCUAUAAGUUUAAUAGAUUGUAUAUUGGUAUUGUAUGUAUGCGUGUGCCUUUUGUUACAUUUCAUAACAGAAUUUACUGCCUGAAAUUAUCAGAAUUUAGAAACUUUAAGUUCAUUACAGAGUCUAAAUAAUGUUAUGGAGAGGUUUUUUUGAAUCAGGCUUCAUCGACAGUUGUCGUUUGUGCUGCGAUAUUUAAUUCCACUUUUUUUUUCCUAUACUAUCAAUCGUGCACUUUCGAAUAUUAAUGAGAUAAAAGUUUGAUGCUGUGAUGUUAUCGAUAAUAAACGUUAUCACAAUUGAAUUACUACAUAAUAUUUAUACUGAGCAUUUAUCAGAUAUUCGGGCGUAGAAACGUCCCAAGAAUUAUACCGUGCGCCGAUAUACAGGUGUGUAUAUAUAUAUAUGUUAUAAAAAUUUAGUGUAUAUUUGUUCUUGUACAAAAACACUUUACAAAACAAAUGCUUGUCCAAAUGUUUGCUGCCAAUAAAGGACAUUAUAAACUUGUCA